GAAAAUCUACAUACGUAGGUCUAAAUUGGAUUAACUUACAUAAUAACAAAGCCAUGGAAAUCAAUGGAACAUCAGUUCUUUCAUAAAAGUCGCAAUUAUUAGCAGAAAAAAUGUUUUAUUUACUCAACUGUUAUGUUUGGCUACUGAUAUUAGUUGCAGCGAAUCAGGCAAAAUCUGAAAGUUAUAAAAUAACCGAUCAAAUUUAUAUGGACAUCAAAAUCGAUGGAACUCCCGUCGGUAGAAUUAUUUAUGGAUUAUUUGGAGAAGUCGCUCCAAAAACAGUGAAAAACUUCAAACACAUCGCUCUUCAUGGCAUUGAUGGUAAAAGUUAUGCUGGAACUAAUUUUCUAGUAGCCGUAAAGAAAGUAAUGAUAUUAGCUGGAGAUAUUCAACAUAACAACGGUAGUGGAUACUUGAGCAUUUAUGGUGAAUAUUUCGAAGAUGAAACUUUUGAAAUUCAGCAUGAAUCAACUGGCUUACUUGCAAUGGUAAAUCCAGGAGUUCCUAAUUCAAAUGGCUGCAUGUUCCUUAUAACAACAAUGCCAACACCUUGGUUGAAUGGAAAAAAUGUUAUAUUUGGAAAGGUACUAAGAGGUCACAAUGUGGUACAUAAAAUAGAGUAUCUGAAGACGGACUAUAACGACAGGAUAUUGAAAGAUGUACAAAUCUCUAAAUGUGGAGAAAUUAAGUUUACUCCUUUUUAUGACGAUCACAAAAACUAUGAGGUAACAUUCUGGGCAUGGAUUAAAGCUGGCUGGUUUCCAUUGAGCUUCUCAUUUGCUAUUUUGGGAUUCUUCCAAUAUAUCAUGAGGAAGUUGAAUCAAUUUGAGUCAUUUAAGUGAUUUUUUUUGAUAAAGUAUUAUAGUUAUCACCUAUUGUAUAUAUAGAUUUGCAUGAAGUUUCUCAAUAUGUUUAGUCAAAGGUUUAGUUUGCGAUAUAAACGAUAAAGUGUCCAAGUACCUUUACGACUCUUCGAAGGUCCCAGCAUUUGAUUAAAAAAAAAAAAAAAAAUGCUCUCACCUAUCAAAAUUGGACAUUAUAGGUAUAGAGGUUUUUAUUGUUUCAGAUAUCCUACCUACUAAUAAAAAAUAAACCAAUACCACAUGCACCCUAUCGUUUCUUUAUUUAAAAAAUAUGGUAUAAUUUUU